UUGGCCGUGAGCUGUGGGCCGCGCUGGCCUCCGCCAGAUUUCCUGGCCAAACUGAGGAGGAGAGAUGCCCUGGACCGUCCUGCUCUUUACAGCCGGCUCCUUGGCAAUCCCAGCGCCAUCCAUCCUGCUGGUGCCCCCACAACCCAGCAGCCAAGAAGACCCCAUCCACAUCGCCUGCGUAGCCCCUGGGGGCUUCCCAGGGGCAAAUUUCACGCUGUACCGUGGUGGGCAGGUGGUCCAGCUCCUGCAGGCUCCCGCGGACCAGCUUGGGGUCACCUUCAACCUGAGUGGCGGUGGCAGGGAGGCUCCAGGGGGCACAUUUUACUGCCGGUAUGGUGUGCUAGGUGAGCCACAGCUGUCAGAGCUCAGCAAGCCCGUGCGCGUCUCCUUCCCAGUGCCCACUUGGAUACUGGCACUCUCCUUGAGCCUGGCCGGAGCCCUCCUUCUCCUUGCUGGGCUGGUGGUCGUUGCCGUGGUGGUCAGGAAAGUUAAAGUAAAAAAUUUGCAGAAGAAAAGAGAGCGAGAAUCCUGCUGGGUCCAGAUCAACUUUGCCACCACAGAUAUGACCUUUGAUAACUCUCUGUUUGCCAUCUCCAUGAAAAUGAACCCAGAAGAAGAUGCAGCUACUCUGGAUGCUUGCUCAGGCGCCGCCGAGACACCUGGCAACUCUGGGCCCUGGAAAAGGCCCACCUCCACAUCAUCCUCGCCUGAGCCCCCCGAAUUCAGCACUUUCCGGGCCUGCCAGUGAGGCUGAGGAUCGGGGGCCCCUCUAUGUCUGUGCACUCUCCAUUCAGCCCCCUCUCUUGAGGGCCUGAAGUCCCGCCCGCUACUUUGGGGUUUCUGGCUGCCGCUUUUUCAGGGAAUUGACAGGGGAGAUAAAGGGAAUCCUUGGCCUUGGGACCUUCCUCACAGAAAAGCAGGAGUAAGCAGAGGGGGCACAGACAUUGUCCUGGAGGUUGGACAGAAAGCAGGAAGACUCUUGUUGACUUCUCAGCUUCUCAGACCACGUGGGAAGGAGAUGUUAGGAUCUCUGGGGCCCCCAAUUGGGCCAUAAGAGGUCUGAGUCCUCCACAUACCCCUCCGAUGUCCUCCUCCCCUUUCCACAUCUGACUUGACCAACCCAACUGGGUUUUUGGAGCAUGGGGUACCUGGGGGUAUGUUCUGUAAGUCUGUCCUGCUGGCGUGCCUAAGUUAUUAAUUAUAACACGUGUUGA